UUCAUUGCCGUUUCGUUCUAUAAACGAAGGAGAUUAAUAAAAGCGGCUUAUUGCCUCGAUGUCUUAACCGCCGCGGUGUGCGAUUCACUGUUGGAAACUAAGACGAUGAGCGAGUAUACUUGUUGAGAUCGUUUGUCAGGCGCGUUCACGUCCAGACUACGCGUUCUAAUGCGACCCGAUAUUUGUAAUAUUCAGCCCCUGAUAUGAAACCAGUUCUGGGUGAAGGUCCUCCACACGCCGUUUCGGGACACUGCCGGAGGACCUGGUGCCGAGAUUCUACUGCAUAGCCGCGCACACGCGGCUGGGAAGACACAGGCGGUCGGGAUGCGGCUGCAAUGCGACGUGGAGACCUCGAGCCGUCUGCUGCCAUCGUGUGGACUGAGAGGUCGCGGACGCGGGAUCUGGUCGGUCCUGACCAUCGGAGCCCGUGGCGGCGGCGGCGAUGGUGGAGAUAAGGACGGCAAGAACGCGCACGGUCAGCUAUGGCUCAUGGUCUGCAGCAGCAAGGACAAAGCCGGCUCCAGAUACAAGCUCAAAGGGAAUAUCGAGCAGCUCUUCACGAAGUUUGUCGAUGAAGGAAAAGCCACCGUGCGGCUUAAGGAGCCCCCGGUUGACUUGUGCCUCAGCAAGGCAAGCACAGUGGGGCUCAAGGGUUUCCUGUCGGCACUGCGGCUGGCGCACCAGGACCACAACGUCUCCUCGAUGCAUAUCUCUUCGCUGGCUCCUGCCCGCUCCUCGGACGUUGAGAAGCCGCGCGAGCACAUGACUGUACUUUCCCGUGCCAAUUACCCACUCGUCGCCGGCUUCCCCAGCUCCCUCCAGAGGCUGCAGGUUUCCAACUGCCGCCUGUCGCGCGUGGACAGCCGCAUGCUGAGCCUGCGCCACCUGUGCCGCCUCGACCUGAGCCACAACCACGUGCGAGAGCUGACGGCAGCGCUCUCCUCGCUCGGCUGCCUGGCCGAGCUCAUCCUCGCCGACAACCGCCUGGAGGCGUUCCCCUCUGCACUCUGCUCCGACGACUCGGCGCUUCGCCGGUCGCUGCGCCUGCUUGACCUCUCGCGCAACUGCCUGCGCUCGCUGCCGCACAACUUCGGCCGCCUUAGUGAGCUCGCGUACCUCCGCCUGGACGACAACCGGCUGACGGCGCUGUGGCGCGGGCUGGGCCGGCCUAACACCGGCCGGCUGAGGUCCCUGUCGGCAGCGCGGAACACCAUUGCACGGCUGCCUGGCGGGUUCGCGCGCCUGCGCCUCGACGUGCUGGACCUGCACGGGAACCCGCUGGAGCAGCCGCGACCCCACGACCUCGUCGCUGUGCGGCUACUGCUGCCUCCGACACUGGCCGAGCUGGCGGCACGAGUGGCGAAAGCGUGCAGGCUGCCCUACUGUCCAGCUUCGGUGCCGGCUGAACUUUGCCGAUGGCUCGACGCGGCCGAGCCGUGCGAAGGCUGCGGUACUUUUAUGCUCGACAGCUUCGUGGCCACGUCUCUGCCGCUGGACCUGCGGUGCAUCGCCACUCAGGUGGUGCUACUGGACCAUGGUGGCAGAGGCCAGGAGGCCCCUCGGCUUGUGUUCUUCUGCUCCCGUGCCUGUCACCAGCGCUUACUUCUGAAGCUCUGACUGCGUAAACUUUAUAUACCAAAAGAAAAAAAGCACCAGAGUAAUCAAAGUUCCCCUCGUUGAACUUCAAUGAGAAAAGCUUACUCGCGUAUGUUUUGCUCGGGUAUGAAAGUUCUGAAAUUGUUGCUUAUGGACCAACUCGGAGAAUGUGCCCGAUCUCAUCUAUGAUUGUUCCUGGCUGGUGCUUGAAUGGGUGACCACCAUGCACAACAAUAGGUUGCUGUGGGUCUAUGUGGUGGGCAGUGUGGAAAAAUCCAUUGUUAUAAUGCACUUCUAUGCUCCAAUUUCUGUUCCCAGCCUUCCACAAACCCACAGCUGACCAUCAUAGUGAAGUAUGGUUAAAUAACCUGCCCCCCACGUCACAUGACGUGGAUGACCAACCAUUCCAAUGCCGGACCCUCCUGAUUCGAUCUUGGGACUUGAAGUUCUGCUGUGUAAAUACAGGGCAUUGACAGCUCUAAGUUUCAACUGCCCUCCUGCUGCAACUGUACCUGGUCACUUUAUAUUUUUAAAGAGAUCUCCAUACCUACUGUAGCUUUGGAUGUAUAAGCCUAAAAACAGUGGGGCAAGAUUAAUUCCUGCUGUUUUCUGGAGAGAGUAAUUUCAGGCAAUUACACACUUAUUAUAUUUGAAGCGUUUUUUAUUUAUCAUUACCAUGACACAUUACAAAUUAAAUAAAAAGCACAGCAUUA